UAAUUGUUGUGAACCGAACUUAACCAUUACAUCUCAAUUCAGUUCUCACUAUUCUGGAAAAUUUUCACACAAAAAUCAUGAACCAAACCCUUUUCUAAACCCUACUUUCAUUUCAAUUUCAAUCCAAUUCACCUCUUCUUCUCUGAUUCUCACUCAAUCGAAGCUAGCUCACAUGAACGGAACCGAAAUGUGACCUCAUUGAUUUUGCGAUUCUCACUCUUCUUCUUCUGGACUUUUCUGCGAUUCUCACUUUCACCUCUUCUGCGAUUCCUAAGGAAUUAUGGAGGCAAAUGCAACAUCAAAUGAUGAAGAUGAAUAUGUUUUGCUUGACUUGGAUGGUGUUUAUGGCCUAAUUGAUAUUCCACCAAAUGCUAACUAUGUUCUUAAAGGUCUUGAUACUUUAAACCCAAUAUUGAUCAUUGAUGACAAAUUUAAGCUGAUUGGAGAAUAUGAGGAGACUAUCGGAACAUGUAUCGCCUUUUCAGAACAACAUGCCCCAGUGGUUCAUAAAGAGACAGGACCAUCAGAAACGAACCUGUUUUCUGGAACAAGACUAAUUGAUUCAAGUCAACCUCCAACAAAGCAAGUCGAACCUGUGUGUCAGCUUCAUAAGGUUCUUAAGUUUAAGUUAUCACCUGAUUCGGCAAUUCAAUGUCGCACAGAUGAGGAGGCCAGUUGAAUUUCAAUGCUAUAUAAUAGUGACUGAGUACAGGUUAUAAUUUUGUUGAUCAAUCAUGUAGCAGUGGGUCAUUCAUGUUCUAAUAUGUACAAAGUAACCUUUUCCCCUCAAUAAGUCUUUUUUUUAAUAGGUCAAUGUUAGUAUUUUUUUUAAUUUUUGAAUAUUUAACUCCUCAACUUCUUUAAUCGUUUAAUUCAAACCAAUUGAGCUACCCGACCCAGAGGUAUUUGUUAUUUGGCAUU